AUGGUACAUCAAUGGUGGACAGAGCAUACACCGGUUGGUUGCGGGGCUUUUGUCUUCUCUAAAAAGCUUGCCCACGUUCGGGCACACCUGCGUCAGUGGGCAAAAUUUAGCUUUGGUUCGAUCAAACUGAAGAAACUUGCUUUACUGCAGGAGGCGGAGGUGUGGGAUAUUGCAAAGGAAUCUAGGAAGUUGACUGUUGUGGAGGCCCGGAAGGAGCAGGAGCUCUUAGGGAAGAUUCCGAAGAUUCAGAAUCAAGAGGAAAUUUACUGGAAGCAACGCUUGAGACUGCAAUGGUUGCAGGAAGGGGACGAAAAUACGAGGUUUUUCCAUGCAGCGGCCAACGGCCGCAAGAAUCGGAAUUUUAUUCCUUGUCUCUCUCUAGGUGGUACAAUGCUUGUGGACUCGCGGGAUAUUGGGAAAGCUUUCACUAAGCACUUCAAGCAGCUGUUUGGCAGCAAGCGCCACAGCAGAUUCAAGAUUGACUUCCAGAAACUCUUUAACUUCAAGUCAUCCAUUGACCUAUCAACCCUGGAAAUUCCCUUUUCGUUCUGGGAUACGAUUAAAUCUGAUCUCUGCCAACUCUAUGAGGACUUUUACUGGAAUAGAGUCAACUUGGAAAGGAUCAACUGGGCCAAUAUUGUUCUUAUCCCUAAGAUUGAUUCGCCUGAGUCCCCGAGCAAUUACAGACCUAUCAGCUUAAUUAAUGCAUCCUUGAAAAUUAUCUCCAAGCUGUUAGCGGCGCGUCUUAGCAAUAUGAUUAAUUCCCUUGUGGAUGCUGAGCAAUCUGCGUUUCUGAAAGGGCGUUGCAUAUUGGAUAAUAUAGCAACGGCAGAGGAACUUAUUUUUAGCAUUCACAGGCGGAAAUUACCUGGGCACAUUCUGAAAGUUGAUUUCUCCAAAGCUUUUGAUCGUGUUGAUUGGGACUUUCUCUUGGAUCUGCUAAAAGCUAGGGGCUUCGACGACCAAUGGAUUGGGUGGAUCAAAUGCAUAUUACUCUCUUCCAAGGCUACCAUCCUGGUGAACGGAUCUCCAAAUGGUUAUGUUCGAUAUCUUAGUGGUCUUCGGCAGGGAGAUCCGCUUUUUCCCCUUUUGUUCGUGUUAGUCACAGAUGUGCUAAGUACGAUGUUUUCAAAUGCUCUAAGAUCUAGGAUUUUGGUGGGUGUACCCCUUGGGGCUUGGGGUAGCAAAUGUAAUCUGCAUUAUGCGGACGACCUGCUGGUGUUGACUACGGGUGGCCUAGAAGAUUUGAGGAUCGUUAAGCUUAUAUUAUAUAUUUUUGAAGGUUUAUCAAGCUUAGAGGCAAAUUUUUCAAAAACUUGUCUUUAUUCGAUCACGACGGGGGAACUCUCGGCUAGGGAGGCUGCGGACACUUUAAGCUGUGGUCGGGGUUUGCUUCUGGUUAUGUAUCUGGGUAUUCCAAUCUCUGGUAGAAGGCCAAGGAAACAAGACUGGGAGGGUCUAAUGGCAAAAAUCAGGAGGAGGGUGUCCUCUUGGAAUAUGCGGCAUCUAUCCUUGGGGGGACGACUCACGUUGGUAAACUCGGUUUAUCAGCGAUCCCUACUUAUUGGAUGUCGCUUUUUCGGCUUACGGGUUAGGUCAUCAAGGCGAUCAACCGGAUUAGAAGGGACUUUCUCUGGUCUGGACCGGACAUUGACCACCCGAGCUGUAGGCUGGUGGGUUGGCAAAAUCUUUGCCGAUCGCGUGACCAAGGUGGUUUGGGGUAUCGUAGACCUCUCGAGCUUCAAUCAGGCGCUUCUGAGUAAGUGGUGGUGGAAAUUUAUGAAAGAUCCAUCGUGGUGUGGGGCGGAUAUCAUUCAGUUUAAUUACAAUCUAUCCCGCUGGAAUAUGUUUCCAAGGCAAACGGGCAGGAUAUCCUUUUUUUGGAAAGGGGUGUUGAACAGCUUGCCUGCUUUUAGGGGAUGUGUUCAUCAUGAGGUCGUUGCAGGCACGGAGACAUUCUUCUGGAAAGAUAAUUGGUCGUGCACCCUCAACUUGGGGGGAGAUAGCUUGAUCUACAGGGAUAGAUUGCGUGCUCCUGUGAGCUUGCUGGGGGAUAACAAAAGAUGGAUUCUUACGGGCAAUGGGGCCUUCACGGUCAAAUCUCUUUACAAUUUCCUUAAUGAUGGUGGUUUGCGAUGUCCCAUUGCGAAAUUUUUCUGGCGGAAGCCGUGCCCUGAGAAAGUUAAUCUGUUUAACUGGUUGGCGUGGAAGAAUAGGAUCCUCACAAUGGAGGUGCUGGCUAAACGACGUUGUAAUAAGCUCCCUACUGCUACUUGUGUCAUGUGCAACUCGGCUAUUGAGACGAUAGACCACAUUUUCUUACAUUGCAACGUUGCUAGGCAGGUGUGGCAAUACUUUGUGAGAAUUCUGAGACUCCCGGAUCCGCCAGGGUUCCUGCAAGAGGUUUGGGGUACCUGGAGACUUUCUGUGCGCUCGAACUGUAAGGAUGUGGAUGACUUGGUUGUGAAAGCAGUUGUGUGGAUUAUUUGGCUUACUAGAAAUGAGACUAUUUUUAAUGCCAAUUGUAUGUCUUUGAAUACCCUCAUCUUGAGAAUUGAUCGACUGCUGCUAUCUUGGUUCGACUCAGUGGAGAAGGCUGCGCGUGAGAAGAUGGAGGAUUCUACUUCUGAGCUACACCAAAGCUUGGAGUACUUUGAGUCUCGUGGGGUGGAGGCGGGUGUUGCUUCAACUCCAGCUCCUGAUGGUCUGAGGGCAAAGCUUGAUGAUCCUAUCGUUUCCAUCAGGCGUAGCUUAGAGUUCGUAGGACCUCGUGUUGAGGGGAUGGAGGCGAUUCCCACUCUAGAGGUUGAUCUGGGUGGCGGUGAGGAGUAG